GCUGCCGUUCGACACGACGGCGUCCGAACCAGGAACUUCUCUCCCGGACUCUCAGCGUUCAGGGACCCGCACAUACACGGACCGCCGUCUCCGAGGUUCAGCCCGGCCUGGCGUUAUAGUGCCCCCACCCCCCUCUCGCUCCUGCCGCUCCUCCACAGGCUCCACUCCCUCCCCCGGGGCUCCGCCCGCGACACGGCUCCGACAUGAGCGGCUACUUCAGCCUGGCGGACUGCGAUGUGAUCGGCUUCGACCUGGACCACACGCUGUGCCGCUACCGCCUCAAGGAGACCUCGUGGCUCAUCUACGAGAGCGUGGCCAGGUUUCUGGUGGAGCAUAAAGGCUACGACAAAGACCUGUUGAACCUGACCCCUUCUAUUUGGGAUUUCUGUUUUAAAGGAGUGGUUGUUGAUCUAGAGGACGGAAAUCUGGUGAAGUUGGCAGAUGAUGGGAGCGUCUUAAGAGCAACACAUGGAACCGAUGACCUGAGCACAGAAGAUAUCAUCAAACAUUAUGGUCCAAAGAGGGAGUGGAAGCACUUCAACAGCCUCAAUACCUCUUUCACGAGAUCUGCGAAAUACUAUUUCUAUGACAACUAUUUUGAUCUACCUGGGGCUCUGCUCUGCGGGAGAGUCGUGGACAUGUUGCACAAGCGAGGCAAUGAGGUGAAUUCGGAAUUUUGGAAAGACAUGGUUGCUGCCAUUGAACACAAUUACAACACAGCUGCAUUCAAAGAGGAUGCAGGGACGUACUUCCCCAGCAUGAAGAGGGAUCCGGGCCGGUACUUGCAGCCUUGCUCCGACUCCGUCAAGACGUGGCUGCGCAGUAUGAAACACGCCGGGAAGGUUCUCCUCCUCAUCACCAGCUCCCACAGCGACUACUGCAGGCUCAUCUGCGAACACAUCCUCGGGAAGGAUUUUGAGGAGCUGUUUGAUGUGAUCAUCACAAAUGCCCUGAAGCCCGGAUUCUUCUCCCUGGUGCCCCAGCAGAGACCCUUCAGGACCCUCAUGAAUGACGUGGAGGAGAGCGAGGGGCUGCCGUUACUGGACAAACCCGGCUGGUACUCCCAGGGCAACUGGCCACACCUCCAGGAUCUGCUCAAGACCAUGACGGGAAAGCCGGAGCCCAAGGUGGUGUAUUUCGGGGACAGCAUCAGGUCAGACAUGUUCCCUGCCAGCAGCUUCAGCCAGUGGGAGACGGUGAUGGUCGUGGAGGAAAUGGAGGGGGAGGGCGUCUCCAAAAGCAGCGCAGCCACGUUCAACGAGGCCCAAGCUGAACCGCAGGAGAAAAGGGGAAAGUUUGAGGAGCAGGGCAUGAAAUCCCCCUCGGCGGUUUCCAACCAGUGGGGCUCCUACUUUGUGGAUGAACGAGGAGGAGGAGGAGGAGGAGGAGGAGGAGGAGCAGGAGCAGGAGGAGGAGGAGGCGACGCGGAGCGUCCCAAACUGACCUGGUGCAGCCACUGCAUCCACAAGUACAGCACCAUGGCCAUCCCCAGUGUGGAGCACAUAGCAGAUCUCCCCCUGGAUUACAAGUUCCCCAGGUUUUCCCCCGACAAGCCCUGUACCGCCGGCUACUACCCCCGGCCUCCAGAUUCCCUGCUGAAGUGGUGUGAGAAUAUGUCGUAAAAACGGGGGAGAGUGAAGAAAAACGAAGAAAAAGAAAAGGUCCUCCCUCAGCCUCUGCCUCAGGAGAGGAAUGUGCCUCCAUUUUUGCCCGUAGUUUCCCCCUCGUCCCCCUGGAGGCGUCCACUCCUCACCCGUUCAGAGGAACCAUGUGAAUGUAAGCCACAGUGUCUCUGUAAUAACUCCCACCUUUGGAAGCUGUUUCGUGGUUUUGUGUAUCGUACACGUGGAAACACAGGAAAAUAAGUGUGUGUUUGCAACGUAGUCAUCACUUCUCUGAGUGUGUGUGAGUGUGCGUGAGGCUCGGUGUUGUUUUAGAAACAUGAACCCCUUCAAAGCUCCAUGAAAUAAAGUGAAUAUUUUCCUCUCUUGCCCUGAAGUGAUUGCCUCAAACGCACCGGCCCCUCGGGAGUCAGUGUUACAGGGUAAACUGGGGGAUUCUUUCUUCUUCGUUUGCAUUUUAGCAACCGUAAAAUGAGAUCUGAGGUUUGUUGUUUCCUUUGUGUUAUUUCUUGUGAAAGGUGUUAAAGCAGCCCCUCAUGUUUCUGUUUCCCAAAAACCUCACUUUGAGAGAUGCUGACGGUAAUAAUAAUGAUGAUGAAGACUAUGCUAUCUGUCCUGUGUUCUACGGGAGAGUGUUAGGGCCAGGCAGGAGAAAAAUAAAAAUAAUAUUUUAGAGGAGGAAGAUUUUUUUUUCAUUAUGCACUUCGAGAAAAAAGUCGAAAUGUCGAGAAAAAAGUAAAAAUUUCAUGAAUAAAGUUGAAAGGUUGAGAAAAAACGCAAAAUUUCGACUUUAUUCCUGAAAUUGUAUUUCAACAUUAAUCUCGACAUUUCAUCUUUUUUCUCGACCUUUCGACUUUUUUCUCGAAGUGCACAAUAAAAAAAAAUCUUCCCCUCUCAGAUAUUUUUUCUCCUGCCUGGCCCUGAUACUCUUCCGUCGUGUUCUCUUGGGCUGAUUCCGCUCAAACACUUGUUUACGCGGCUCAUUCCGACCUCGGAGCGUCGGCGGACUUCCGAAAAGGCUCGUUGCAAAAGUUUGCUUGUUGCUGUCAAAGAAGGUCUGCAUCUCCAUUAUCUGCACAUUUGGCAUUAUGCAAAAUGAGUAUGCAAGAUUUUUUAGUGCGUCCGAAACAUUAGUACGUACUCAAUAGUAUGUACUAUUCAUACUCAUUCUGGAGAAAUGUAUUAGUGUGGAUUGAUGGACACUAGCUGAGCAGAAACUUCCCACAAUACAAUGCAGUGGUGUUUGGUUUCUAAGUGAUACGUAUAUGUCAUAAGUAUAAUAUUAAGUAUAAUAAUAUUAUUAUAUAAUAUUAAUAUUAUAAUAUUUGUAUAUAAUAAUAUUAUAUAAUGUCAUCUUGUUUGGGCCAGAAUAAACAGGAAAGAGCGGUGCUGCUACUGCUGCUGUUACCAUGGCAACAGCUGCUACUGCUGCUGUUACCAUGGUAACAGCUGCUACUGCUGCUGUGAAAGCAGUUGUUACCAUGGUAACAACUCCCCCUCCCAAUGGCAGGAAGUGCCGUGUGUCUCUGAGUAGUAUGUCCCAAUUAAUGCAUACUACUGAUAUUUACUUAAAAGUGUGCAGAACUUAAGUAUACUUUUUUAGUAUAUACACCGUGACGCACUGUGAGUUUCUCUUAGGGCUGCCUUGAGAGUGAAAACAAAACCGAGUCCUAUCGGCAGCGGAGGCGGCGUGGUCCGCAGCUUUGUUCCCAGUCCAUUAAAAAAAUGAAUCUAAUUAAUUACAGGAUUUAUAAUGAAUUAAUCUAAUUAAUCACAUUUUAAUCUCAUAUCUGCUAAAGGUCCCCAAAUAAAGAAUCUGAAUUCUAGGACAUUGCGGAAUUGCAGAGCAUGACUAAUCAAUUGAAUACACUAAGAAGAGAAGAUUUGAAAUCCACAUUUUUAUUUUAUUUUGUUUCAUAAAUGAAAUUCAAAAGAAAAAGCUCAAGCACAUCAGCAAACCAAUUAGGCCAGGUGCAUUAUUCAAAAAUGCAAUGCAAAUACAGUUCAUACAGGCACUUAAACAGACUUUCAAUUCAAAAUUAAAACUAAAGCUGACUCUAUACAGCAAUUCAAGUUCUAGUAGCUGUAACGUUUACAGUGAAACUUGUCCGGACAUGUUUAGUGUUUAAAUGAUAAUUCAGGCUGGAGCAGCUCUGCUGAUAGGAAAAUUAUUUUUUACAAAAUGUACAAAUCACCGCGUUCUUGUUGAUAGUCCCGUCUUCUUUCUUUUUAUACAUAAACUUGCCGUUCAAAGGCCCAGCAAAGAUUUGCUGAGUCUCCCCAGAGUCGUCCAGGUCUGUCACUGCUUUGUUAGUUUGACUAGCAGCAGGAGGGAAGUAGUGGCCUACGGGUCCCUCAAUGGGACACAUUUAGGCCCCGUUUACACGGAGCAAAAACGUAGGCGUUUUCAUGCGUUUUGGCCGUUCGUUUACACGAAAACGGAGCUCAAAGUCACCCAAAACGAUCAUUUCUGAAAACUCCGGCCAAAUGGAGAUUUUCAAAAACUCUGUUUUCACAUUUGCGUCUAAACAGAGGAAAACGGAGAUUUAGGCUUCAGAACGUCACCAGCGUCAUGUGUGCGACCUGUGUUUACAAUUAGUUUGGCCACCGUCAAUAUUUUCUUGUAUUUUAGCUGUUUCUAAAGUCACACUUAAAAGUAACUCCACUUCUCUGUCACUCCAAACGAAAGACUCUCAUAAUUAAUUGCAUUAAUUUUCAUAACGUGUGAAUUAGCAGUUAGCAUUAAUUAAUCUAAUUAACGCGCUAAACUGACAGCCCAAUCCCACACAGCUCAGCUCUGCUGCAGAAGAAACUGACGACGAUCAGCAGCAACAUGACGGGCCGUCCCGCGGCGCUGGCGCACUCGCCGGGGCCCGGGUGGAAGGCUCCAAGGAAAUUGCAGUUUUGCAAGAAAAAAUAAGUCUUCAUAGUGGCAGAAUCCUGUUGUAGUUUUAUGAGAAAAGGGGAAGAUAUCAUAAAGACUCGUCAUUUGUCCAGGUAAAAUUUGCAGAAUUAAUAAAGUUUACAAGAAAAAGAGUUUCAUGGGGGGAAAGUCUAUUUUGGAGAAUAAAUGCAGUUUAACAAGAAUAAAAUCACAAAAAGAAGUUGUAAUUUUACAAAAGAAGGGUUCUGAUGUGAGGAAAAGGGUCGCAGUGUAAAGGUAAAGUAAUUUUCAGAGGUGGGUAGAGGAGCCAAAAAUUGUACUCAAGUAAAAGUACUGUUACUUCAGAAUAAUAUGACUCAAGUAGAAGUAAGAAGUCCGAAUAAUUACUUGAGUAAAAGUAAAAAAGUACUUGUGUAAGUGUUUGUCCCCCGAGGUGGCCCCGAUACUCGGUUUGUUCCAGUCUCCUUGAAAGUGACAGCGACAACGGCACUUCAAAUGUUUGUAUUUGGCUCUGAAUCAUUUAACUGCAGCUUUUGAAAGGCAGAAACAUCUGUAUAAGACGAAGAGCCGGCAGAUGAGUGGGUUAUCCCUCGUGCUGCGGGUUUCCUUCAUGCCGCUGUGCUGAUCGUACUUGUUCUCUCAUCUCACCCUGAAACUCUGACACGUGCGUUUGCCUUUUGUUAGUCAUUUGUGGUCUUAAGAUCUUGGAAAAAAAGAAAACAAAAACUCUGGAAAAGUUCAGUUCUGUGUUCAAGUGUUGACAUACUGUCAAUGAAAUAAAACGAUUUAUGAUUUUCUUACAUAAAGUGCUCUGAUUCUGAGUCUUCUGUUCGAUGUCAUGUGGUGGACCAAUGGGAAUUCACUGUUACACAAGAAAACGUCUGAAAAUUGCUUGCUUCUUUCUUUUUUCCUUAUUAUAGUCAGUUGUUUAACCUCCCUGAUGUAUCAAAUCAAAAUCAAAUCAAAGUUUAUUUAGACGGGACAAUGCAUAUUAAUGAACACUACAUUAAUCAGUGUAAA